ACAAGCGCCGCUCGCUAAUCUGACGGAUCGGUUUAACCGCCUAUUAGCCCGCUCAGUGUUAAUUAGCCCGGUUCUGCUUAGUCUGGCACGACCCGCUGUGCCAGCAUGUCGUCCAGCCCGCAGGACCAAAACCAGGAGCCGAACCAGGAACCGACCCAGGAACCAAAAGAGGAGACGAAAGCGGAGGUGAAAGCGGAGGAAAAAGAGGAUAAAAAUGUGGAGAUGAAAGAGGAGAAAAGGGAGGAAAAGAAGGAAGAAAAGAAAGAGGAGAAGGAGGAGAAGAAGGAAUCCUGGAAAGAUUUUAUCUACAACCCGAGGACCGGAGAGUUCCUCGGCCGGACCGCCAGCAGCUGGGGUCUCAUCCUCCUCUUCUACCUCGUCUUCUACGGGUUUCUGGCCGGAAUGUUUACUCUUACCAUGUGGGUGAUGUUACAGACUCUGGAUGAGAAUGUCCCCUGCCGUCAGGACCGAGUGGCCAGUCCAGGUUUGGUGAUCCGUCCUCACGCAGCUGAGAUCUCCUUCAACCGCAGUGACCCAACAAACUACGACCAGUACAUCCAACAACUGCACGACCUCCUGCAGCGUUAUAAUGACAGUGUUCAGGAGCGUAAUGACUUGUGUCUGGUGGGUGAAUACACUGAACAGGACGAUGAGCCCAUAAAGAAAGUUUGUCAGUUUAAACGCAGUAUGCUGCGUCAGUGCUCCGGUCUGCCUGACUCCAGCUUCGGAUACGCUGAGGGGAAACCGUGCAUCAUUAUCAAGAUGAACCGGGUCAUCGGACUGAAACCUCGAGGAGACCCCUAUAUCAACUGUACUGCCAAGAGAGACAGUCCAUUACAGAUGCAGUACUUCCCUUCAGAAGGUCGCUUGGAUAAAAUGUUUUUCCCGUACUACGGCAAGAAAGCUCAUCCUGACUACGUGCAGCCGGUUGUUGCUGUGCAGUUAUUGUUCACAAAAGAAGACUAUAACGUCGAGCACACAGUGGAGUGUAAGGUCGAGGGUUCAGACCUGCGUAACAACGACGACCGGGACAAGUUUCUGGGUCGCGUCACUUUCCGGGUCAAAGUGUCGGAGUAGCCGGACACACCAGUUGCCAUAAAUCCCACAAACUGGGUUUAAACUGGAAAUAAAUCUCCAGUGGCGGACACUUUGUAAUCCAGACCUGAUCUAAUCCCGGAUGUCUGAAUCUGGUUUAUCCUGUUCAGACUCUUAUGAGGCCAGAUCUGCACCAUUGAAAGCUAAACAUGGUUACCCACCUGAGACUCGAUUCUGGUUCAGAUCUGAUCCUAAAUCAGACCUGAUCAUGGGUCUGUCCUGAUCUAGUUCACACAUAGUUAACCCUAACCCUGGUCCAUAUGUUUUACUUGGUGGUUUCGAUCUGCUCCUCAGAACACCAAAAAGAAACCAGAGUGACUGAACCUGUUCAGACAGUUGGGGCAGAUCAGGUCUGUUGUGGAAGCAUGUGAGCCAGAUGCACAAUGACGUGUUGUUUUUAAAUGUCUGUAUAAUAGUGAUGUAAUAAAACCAAUAAUCUGAUCCCAGCAGCUGCACUGCAGAGACAGAAGCUCAACGAUGACUUCAGAUGUGCUAUGAUUGUUCGAAAUGAGAUAACUGUCAUCCACUGUCAAACGUAAUGUUACAGGAACUGCCUCUACAAUAUUUAUAAUGUUUGUAAGACCACAGUACAGAUGUGAAUAUUCUCAGCUGCAGCCUCACUGUGAAUCUUCAGUUUGACCAAGAGAAAAUAGAUUAAACCAGCUGAAUCCUUCGUUGUAGCAGCAGGAUGGUACGAUCUGAUUAAUGAUGUCCUACGUGGAAACGUUUUAUUAAGCUCAAUUUUACACUUUAAGCAAACGACUGCCAAAUGAAAAUUUAUUGUGUCUUUUUACUGCUCAGAGGAAAUGUCACAGCUUCACAGAGCCAGAAGUAUUUCAGUGGCUGUACGGUCAAUUAUUAUUAUUAAUAUGGAUAAUGACGAUGACACCCUCUACAAGAUCAACAUUACACUGUGAAGCACAAAGCUGCAUUGGUGCGCCACCUGCUGGGACCUCCACCCCCCACCUCCAUCUGUCCGUUCGUCUGUCAGAAACAAGAAAAAAAGUCAAGUCCAGCUCCACUUGAACCCCGGUUCCCCUCCCGAAGCCUCUUCCUGUCGAUGCUUUGUCAUCAUCAUCAUCAUCAUCAUCAUCAUCAACAGAUCUGUUUGUUUCCGUUUGUUUUUUCAACGUUUUCAAAUGUUCAUGAAUAUAAUCAGUUCCUUUCAUGUUGCUCUCACUCUGCAACCAAAUGUAGUUUUUGUAAAUGUGAAUUUGAGUGUGAUUCAGUGAUACUGUUGUGUGAUUAUUGAAGAUGACAUCACUAGAGAACCAAUCAGUCUUCAGUA